AUGGAUAACUUUAAUAUCGGAAGAGUAGCUGAAGUCAGACCUAUGAGACCAUCUUAUUCUGAUGUAUUAGCUAAAUCAAUAUUAAAGAACAACAUAAAACAAAAUCAAACAAAUUCAACAAAUCAAGAUGUCAAGCAAAAAAGUGUCAAUGACAAAACAAAAUCGAAAUUUUCAGUUGGAAGAACAUUAAGCGGCAAUGCAAAUAUUCUUAACAGGCAAACUUCUCCUGUAACAGAUGAUGGUAAUUAUGGGAAUAAUUCAAAUUUGAAAAAUUCUUACAUGAAAAAAAUGAAUUGUGGAAAUAAUAAACAAGAAAAAAAACGAGAAGUAACUCAAACGACUAAUGGUAAUUCAAAAAAUUCGAACGUUAAAUCUCAAAUGGCUAAAAAGCAAGAAAAAAGUCAUGGAAAAGUUCAAAUGGGUGUUUCAGAAAAUGAAUUUGUUUCGGCGUCGAAAUAUGGAAUACUUAGAAAUAAGGUGCCUGAGGAAAAAAAAGUGCCUUGGCCGACUCGAAAAGCGAAAUCUGAAACUCAAAAAACGACAAAAAGAAAUAUUCGUACUUGUCAGCCGGAAAAACAACAUAGAAAAUCGUUCAGGAAUAAAAGGAGAGAACAGGAGCCAUGUUUGUCAACUUUAAUUAAAGUUCGAAUGGAUCGUUACGGUGGUGUUUUAUUAUUCGCUUUAAAUUGGUUGCUUAGACUCGUACUCGAUGUUUUGGGUUUGAGUACUCAUUUGGCCAUUCACAUGUGUGCUGCCGUUUGGGCUUCAUCCGUUCAUAACGCGUCUCAAUUUUAUAAAAAGUCUUGUCACGCUGUUAGAAACAUUGAAAUUAUAAAACGGAUAAUAAAUUCGCCAUUUUAUCCGUUUAAAAAGUCUGAUUCGAAGAAAAAAAAACUAUAUGAUUCUGAUAGCGAUUCAGAUGAUUCAGGUGAAGCUAAAAUAAAAAGAAAAGUACCGCGGGGAUUGAAGCACAAUAUAACAUUACCCGUUACCGGAGAAGAAGCAAUGAGAAGGUUGUUGGCAUGCAAAGGAAAAGAUCCGUAUAGCAUAUUGGGUGUCACGCGGAAUUGCACGGAUGACGAUAUAAAAAAAUAUUACAAACGUCAAGCUUUUCUUGUACAUCCCGACAAAAACAAUCAACCCGGAGCAGAAGAAGCAUUUAAAAUAUUGGUACACGCUUUUGAUAUAAUAGGAGAGCCAGAACAUCGUAAAUCGUACGAUCGUAGAAUAGAAAAACCACAAUCCGAACACGCUGCCUGGUCAGAAUUAAGCGAUCUAUUGUCUCAAUUGCAUAAAAAAAUGGAAUAUGUUGCAAACACUAUUAGAUGCACCAACUGCAAUAAACGUCAUAAGAGGACAACCGUCGACAGGCCCAUAUACGCGGCCAGAAUGUGUAAUCAGUGUAAAAUUCAUCAUUCGGUCAGAGAGGGUGAUAUAUGGGCGGAAACUUCAAUGUUUGGAUUACUCUGGCACUAUUACGCAUGCAUGGAUGGAGCUGUUUAUGACAUAACGGAAUGGGCGGGUUGUCAAGGAAGCAAUUUACGUAACAUCAAAGCAAAUACUCAUAACGUUCAGUAUAGGAUAGUACUUGGAAAACAACACGGUCAAAAGCAAAACUAUCAGCAACCCACGCCUGCCAGGUACAAACGGUGA